AUGAAGCUCCCUUGUUCUUCUUCUUCUGAUGAUCUCCACGCCUUGGUCAAUGAAAUUAAGAGAGACGUUCAGUUGUCCAACAUUAAUCAUGAUCCGUACUCGUUUGUCUCUCCUUCGGCUUACGACACGGCUUGGUUAGCCAUGAUCGAAGAAGACGACAACGUAGGUGAUGAUGAGCUUAAACCGAUGUUCCAAGGUUGUCUAGAUUGGAUUAUGUGCAAUCAAAAUGCUGGAGAAGGUUUUUGGGGAAACUCGAGCGGUUAUACUACCGCGGGAGACGAAGACGAAGAAGACAUGCACACUCUAACGUCUACUCUUGCUUGUGUUGCUGCACUUCACAAAUGGAACAUGGGGUGUCUUCAUCUCCACAAAGGGAAAAGAUUUAUUGAAAGAAGAACGGAGAUGAUCAUUGGGAAAUACAUCAACGAAGAAGGAUUUUAUCCUCGCUGGUUUGUUAUCAAAUUCAUAGGAACCCUCGAGCUUGCUCAACAACUUGGCCUACACUUUGUCUUCUCUAGUCGCUGUAUCGAAAUGAUCCAAGAAAUUUAUUAUCAACGCCAAGAGAUUCUCAAAAGAGAAAAUUUGGUGGAUGGUUGUAACCAUAAACCUGUACUGGCAUAUCUAGAGGUGUUGCCAUCAACACUAUAUGUCAAAAAUCUCAAAGACAUCAUCAUUAAGACCCUCGACAGAAAUGAUGGCUCGUUGUUUCAUUCGCCUUCGGCAACCGCAUCAGCAUUUAUGCUCACUCGGAACACAAAGUGUCUAGCUUAUCUUAAAAAUCUCGUUCAAAGAUGCCCUCAUGGAGUGCCACAAAAGUACCCGCUCAAUGAAGAACUCAUAAAACUCUCCAUGGUUAAUAUAAUCGAGAAUAUUGGUUUAGGAGAGUUCUUCACAAGAGAAAUUGAACAUGUACUUCAACAAGUUUACAGGAGCUACGAGGCAGAAGACGUUGAGAGACUUCCGAUUUCGGAUCAAUUGCACAAGGACUCUCUCGCAUUUCGGAUGUUAAGAAUGCAUGGGCACGAUGUUUCACCUAGAAGCUUUUGCUGGUUCAUGAAUGAUAUAGAAACUCGAAAUCAUUUAGAAAGAAAUCUAGACUCUAGCGUCCCCGUAAUCCUUAGUGUUUACAGAGCCACAGAUCUCAUGUUUCCUGGAGAGCAUGAUCUUGAAGACGCAAGAGAAUACACUCGGAAGUUACUUGAGAGAAGUCGGUCUAUCGACGAAAAAAUGAUUAAGCAUGAAUUAAGUACUCCAUGGAUAGCUCGCCUAAAACACCUUGAUCAUAGGAUGUGGAUUGAGGACAAGAACUCAUAUGUUCUCUCAAUCGGAAAAGCCUCAUUUCUAAGAUUACAUAGCUCAUACAGCAACAAACUGACUCAUCUUGCUGCAAAAAACUUUGAGUUUCGACAAGCCAUAUAUCGACGUGGGCUGGAAGAAUUGACAAUGUGGGUGAAGAAAUGGGGACUUAACGAUAUUGGUUUUGGUAGAGAGAAGACAACAUAUUGUUAUUUUGCAACUGCGACUUCAUUGCCCUUUGAAACUGCCGUUAAAGUUGGAAAGUUAGCAGCCAAGAGUGCGAUCCUCAUCACAGUUGCCGAUGAUUUUUUUGAUGAAGAAGGUUCUUUGGAUGAUUUGAAAGUUCUUACUCAAGCCGUUUUAAGAUGGGAAGGAGAAGAGCUUAAAGGUUACGGCAAGAUCAUAUUUAGAGCACUUGAUGAUAUUGUAAAAGAGACUGCUGAGACUUGCCGUAAGCAACACGGAAUCGACGUAACAGACCAUCUUCGCAACAUCUGGGGUGAAACUUUUGAGUCAUGGCUACGUGAAGCCGAAUGGAGUAAGAAGGGACACACACCGUCGAUGGAAGAAUAUCUUCGAAACGGAAUGAUCUCAAUCGCAACACACACCCUUGCUCUUUCCAUCUCUUGUCUCAUGGAACCUUGUUUUCCCCAACAGAAACUCAAACCCGGAUGUUAUGAUAACAUAACUUCAUUGCUCAUGAUCAUACCUCGACUUCUAAAUGAUCUACAAAGUUAUCAGAAGGAACAAGAACAAGGGAAGAGCAACUCCGUGCUGCUCCACACCAAGAAUCAUUCAGGUGUCGAGAUUGAGGACUCGAUAGCUCAUAUCGAGAAGAUAAUCGAAUCAAAAAGGAAAGAGUUUCUUGAGCAUGUCUUAGUUGAAGGACUAAGUGAUUUAUCCAAACCGUGCAAAGAGAUUUACAUGGCUUGUUGCAGAGUCUUCGAGAUGUUUUUCAACAAGAAGAACCGUUAUGAUUCGGACACAGAGAUGAUUCAAGACAUUAAGAAGGCUCUCUACGAUCCUGUGAAUGUAAAUAAACUCUCGGAGAUCGAGCCUAUUCCAUUGAUGGGACAUGGUGAUGAGUUUCUGAUGCUUCCUAUGCUUUUGAACCUUUCACCAAAUAUUCUUGAAAUUAAGAGGAAGGACCAAUACGGGGCGGUGAAAACAUCCAUGUGCUUGAGAAGAAGUUUUCAUGCUCAUAAACGUGUUAUUGCCUCACAGCCUCUCAAGAUUGUUGCCUCGCAGAGGAAAUCAGUAGCAAUGAUGCCAACUAUGCUCUCACCGUGCUUCUACUGA